AUGGACACGGCGAGGAUGAGUUCCUUCCUCGAUUACCCCAUCCUCAGCGGAGAGUCCGGGGCAUGCUCUUCCCGAGCCUAUCCUCCCCCAGAUCAUGGGAUUACAACUUUCCAGUCCUGUGCGGUCACUGCCAGUAACUGCAACGGGGACGAUCGCUUUAUGGUUGGCAGGGGGGUCCAGAUAAGUCCCCAUCACCACCACCAUCACCACCACCAGACCGGUGCCUACCAGCAUCACAACAACCUGGGCAUGUCCUACUCGCACUCUAGCUGUAGCCCGGGAUAUGGCACCCAGAACUUCAGUGCGGGUUACAGUCACUACGCACUAAAUCAGGAAGCAGAUGUAAGUGGAGGGUAUCCCCCAUGCACCCCGGCCGUUUACUCUGGAACUAUCUCAUCUUCCAUGGUCCAGCAUCACCACUCCCACCAAGGUUAUGCUGGGGGCACGGUGGGUCCCGCUCAGUACAUUCACCCCCCAUACGGACAAGAGCAGCAGAAUCUGACUCUAGCGAGUUAUAGUAAUUCCUUAUCCCCUCUCCAUGCCAGCCACCAAGAAGCUUGUCGCUCUCCUUCUGCAGAGACCUCGCCUCCAGCACAAACCUUUGACUGGAUGAAAGUUAAAAGAAACCCGCCUAAAACAGGGAAAGCUGGAGAGUACGGAUACGUAGGUCAGCCCAACACCGUUAGAACCAAUUUUACCACUAAGCAGCUCACAGAACUGGAGAAAGAAUUCCAUUUCAACAAGUACUUGACAAGGGCCAGGAGGGUGGAGAUAGCUGCUUCACUGCAACUUAAUGAAACCCAGGUGAAGAUCUGGUUCCAGAACCGUAGGAUGAAGCAGAAGAAAAGAGAGAAAGAGGGGUUGCUACCUAUUUCCCCUGCUACCCCGACAGGAAGUGAAGAAAAAACAGAGGAAUCAUCAGAAAAGUCCAGUUCAUCCCCAUGUACCCCUUCACCAGCUUCAUCUACCUCAGACACUCUAACUACCUCAAAUUGA